AUGUGUACGCGAGCGGCUGCCCUCAACGAGGACUUCUACGGCCGGCAGCGCGCGCGCCGACCGCCGGCCGCUCGCGGCUCUGACUCCGCCUCCCGGGCUGGUGGCUCCGCCUCCCGGCUGCGCGUCGGCCCCACUCCGGUGGAGGCGCGCGGCGAGAACAAGGCGCUCCGCAACGCCCUGCGGAUGCGGGCCUUGAGCGACCUGGUCGCCAAGCCCCAUCAAGCACGUAUGAUGGAUUGUGUGGCGUCUCAGCCGGUGAGCUCGCAUUAUAUGUACAAUGGGAGCUUCACCCGGUUUGCCGAGUGGCGGUUUGUGCACCGUGCUCGGCUCGGUCUCGUGCCCCUGAACGGGUACCGUCGCGGCGCCGGUGAUCGGCGCUGUCGACGCUGUGGCUAUGCCAAGGAGACCCUGCCGCACGUGUUCAACCACUGCCGGCCCCACAGCGCGGCGCUGCAGCGGCGUCACAACGCCAUCCUGGCGCGCCUGGAGAAGGCCGUGCCUCUGUUCGCCGGCACCGACGUGCUGGUGAACCGCCGUGUGCCCGGCACCGAGUCGGCCCUUCGGCCUGACCUGGCGGUCACCCGUGGCGCCCACAUACCUCUUGUGGACGUCACAGUCUCGUUUGAGAAUCGGCUGGCUGCCCUGCGCGCCGCCGGCGACGAGAAGGUGGCCAAGUACGCGGGCCUGGUGGCCGAGCUCCGACGCCAGGGCAAGCAUGCCUCCGUGCAUGCCCUGGUGAUUGGCCCGCUCGGCACCUGGUACCGCGGCAACGAGGAGACGCUGCGCCACCUGCGUGUCAGCCGGGUGUACGCCCGACUGAUGCGCAAGCUCAUUCCGACCGAGGCGAGUCGACUCCAGCGCCUCUACCGCGCCAACCGCGGCAAGGCGAUGCGUGAUGUCUUGGCGGAGGAGAGUCCGUCGUGCCCACUUCAGCCCGCCGUCAUUCGGGAGCAUUUUGCGCCCCCCAACCGCGCUGCCGACCCGUUCGAGUGGGACGCCCACCCCGAAUGUGUCGAGGAGCCGGUGGAAGCUCUGCCCACAGCCGAGCUCUCCCGGUACUUCGAGGCAGACGAGGUGUGGCGCCGUAUGUCCGCCGCCAGCACAGCGCCUGGCGCUGACGGCCUGCGCUAUGUUGCGUGGCGGGCCCUCGACCCGGGUGCCCUCCUGCUGACGCGCGCAUUCAACCUGUGCGCGCGGCACAGGCGGGUACCGGCUGCGUGGAAGGAGAGCAGCACGAUCCUCCUUCAUAAGGGCGGGGACGUGCGCGAGCCCUCGAACUGGCGCCCCAUCGCCCUAAUGAACACGAUCGCCAAAGUGUACGCCGGCCUGUGGGCCGACCGGCUGUCCCGCUGGGCGGAGACCGAGAACCUUCUGUCAUGCCAACAGAAAGGCUUCCGCAGCUACGACGGAGUGUUGGAGCACAACUUCAUCCUCCAGAGCGCGAUCACCGCCCAGCGGCGACAGCCCGGCGGCCAGCUUCACGUUUGCUUCAUCGACCUGGCGAAUGCAUUCGGGAGCCUGCCACACAGGUACCUGUGGAGUGUUCUCGCCCGCCUCGGUCUACCCGGGGAGGUGCUGUUCACCCUGGAGGACCUGUGCGACGGCAGCACGACCACGUACACGACAGCCCAGGGCACGUCCGAGCCCGCGCCCGUCACGCGCGGCGUGCGGCAGGGCUGCCCGCUGAGCGGCAUCCUGUUUAACCUAGGCAUGGAGCCUCUAGUCCGGGCGCUCGACGCCGCCGACGGCGUCACGACGCUCGCCUUCGCCGACGACCUCGCGCUGCUCUGCCGCGACGCGGAGGCGCUGGACACCGCGCUCACCACACUGGAGGAGGUGUGCAUCUGGUGUGGACUGGCGCUCAACGCGCGCAAGUCCGGGCUGCUGUCAGUCGGCAGUCCGUCGCCGCAGGUGCGGCUUAUGGGUCAGCCGAUCCCCGUGAUCGGCGAGCGGUGCUCGUGCCGCUACCUGGGCCGUCCUGUGGGACACACCAGGCUGUCGUGCCCGCCGUUACAGGUGCUGGCCGAGGCGGAGCAGGCCGCCCACCUCGUCCUGGACAGCGCGCUGGCCCCGUGGCAGAAACUGGACGUGCUGCGCGCGUUCAUCCUGCCACGGCUGACCCACUGCCUCCGGCUGGGUCUGCUCCCAAAACAGGCUCUGCGCCGGUUCGACGCCGAGCUGCGCUGGAGGGUCAAGGGGGCACUCCAACUGCCCUCUCGCGCGUGCCAGGAGCACCUGCACGCCAGCACCUCGCGCGGCUGUGUUGGUCUCACCGAGCUUGCCUCCGAGGCCGACAUUCUCCUCCUGGCGUCUACAUGGCAGCUCCUCACCUCCCCGGACAAACUCGUCCGCGAGACUGCUGCCUCUCAGCUGCAGGAGUCUGCGCGCAAGCGCCUCCUGGCUGAGCCUACCCCGGCACAGCUCGGCGACUACCUGAAUGGUAGGGAGAUGAGGGACGGUGGCGACGUUUCGACGCGCUUCUCACGAACGUGCGUCGCCACCAAAGCGCUGGCCAAAACCAUCCCGGUUGCCUGGCGCGCGAUGGACGGCGAGCUGCGGCUUGCGGUCGGCGACGACGUGGUGCCGCGUCGCGAGGCGGCUGCCCUCUUGCGAGAGGCGGUCCGCCAGGCGGCCGCCGAGCGUCUGUAUCGCCUGCCUCACCAGGGCAAAGUGAUGCAGACGGUCGGCGACCAGCGCGUGAGCAGCCACUACAUGUACAGUGGCAGCUUUACUCGCUUCGCCGAGUGGCGCUUUGUGCACCGCGCGCGGCUGGGACUGGUGCCUCUAAACGGCGUCCGUCGCAGCCGUGUGCGAGGCGACGAGCGCUGCCGGCGGUGCGGGUACGCGCGCGAGACGCUGCCCCUUGUGCUGUGCCGCUGCAUGCCGCACAGCGCCGCCUUCCAGCGCCGUCACAACGCCAUCCUGAGCCGCCUUCACAAGGCGGUGCAGCGGGAUGGCGUGGUGACGCAGAUCAUCCGGCGGGUGCCGGGGUGCGCCUCCACCCUGGGCCCCGACCUGGUGGUGACCCGCGGUGACGAGGUCAUCCUGGCCGGCGUCACCGUGACGUUUGAGAACGGGGCAACGAGGCCUCGCUGCGCCGGCUCCGCGUCAGCGGGAACAACGCCAAGCUGA